GGUGCCGGUGCCGCCAUGCCCGAGGCGCUGUCGCUGCUGUGCCGCGUGUCCGCGCACCCCGAGUCCCGCUGCUGGGCCCUGGCCUGGAGCCCCAGCGGGGCCCUGCUGGCGUCCUGCGGCGGGGACCGGACCGUGCGCGUCUGGGGCCGCGAGGGCGCGGGCUGGGCGUGCCGGGCGGUGCUGGCUGACGGGCACCAGCGCACCGUGCGCCGCGUGGCCUGGUCGCCCUGCGGGCACUUCCUGGCCUCGGCCAGCUUCGACGGCACCACCUGCGUGUGGAGGCGGCACGAGCACGGCUUCGAGGUGGUGGCCACGCUGGAGGGGCACGAGAACGAGGUGAAGGCCGUGGCCUGGGCACCCUCGGGGGCACUGCUGGCCACCUGCAGCCGCGACAAGAGCGUCUGGGUCUGGGAGGUGGACGAGGAGGAGCAGGAGUUCGAGUGUGUCAGCGUGCUGAGCGCCCACAGCCAGGACGUCAAACACGUGGUGUGGCACCCCAGCCAGGAGCUGCUGGCCAGCGCCAGCUACGACGACACGGUGCGGCUGUACCGCGAGGACGAGGACGACUGGGUGUGCUGUGCCACCCUGGAGGGACACACGUCCACCGUGUGGGCAGUGGCCUGGGAGCGCUCCGGCCAGCGCCUCGUGUCCUGCAGCGAUGACCGCACCCUGCGCGUGUGGCAGCGCAGCCCGGCACACGGCGGUGGCACGGAGCACAGCUGGCAGUGUGUGUGCACCCUGUCCGGGUACCACGGGCGCAGCAUCUACGACGUGGCCUGGUGCCACCUGACGGGCGCGGUGGCCACGGCGUGCGGUGACGACGCCGUGCGGGUGUUCGAGGAGGUGGCCCCGGCGUCCCCGGGCUCCCCGGUGACGUUCGGGCUGGCGGCGCACGUGCCGCGGGCGCACGCGCAGGACGCCAACGGCGUGGCCUGGCACCCGCGGGAGCCGGGGCUGCUGGCGUCCUGCGGCGACGACGGCGACGUCGCCUUCUGGCGCUACCAGCGCCCCGACGGCCUCUGA